CUUAUCCGACCUAAACAGACGGGAGCAGGAGCUUUUGUCCACACAAGACUGUCAGUGUACACGGAGGCAGAAAGUGGACGCGUCUCGCCUGUUAGCUCGCCAAGCUCAUUGUUUUCACCUUAAAGACACAGCAGCAGUAGCAGGUGUUUACUGGAGGGAGCUGACACGGUUCCCAGCCGGAGCUCUCGGCCGUGUGGAGGCGCGACCUUGUUGCUAGAGACACGAGACGAUCUGGACAAGAGGACAAUAGCGGUAAUCUGUCGGGUGGCUGCAGGCUGGAGGUUAGCCGUCAGCGCACCUUGUUAAUAGAAGCAGGAUCCGCUUUCCGCCCUUUAUCCGCUUUGGUUGGUCCGAAGUCGCCAUGCCCGGCUACGACUACAAGUUCCUGGAGAAGCCGAAGAGGCGCUUUCAGUGCCCGCUGUGCAGUAAAGCCAUGAGGGAGCCGGUGCAGGUCUCCACCUGCGGCCACAGAUUCUGCGACACCUGCCUCCAGGAGUUCCUCAGUGAGGGGGUGUUCAAGUGCCCAGAGGACCAGCUCCCCCUGGACUAUGCCAAGAUCUACCCUGACCCCGAGCUGGAGCAGCAGAUCCUGGCUCUAGCUAUCCGCUGCAUCCACAGUGAGGAAGGCUGCCGCUGGACCGGCCAAAUGAAGCAGCUGCAGAGCCAUUUUUCUACCUGUGCAUUCAAUGUGAUCCCAUGCCCUAACCGCUGCAACGUCAAGCUGACACGUCGCGACCUGCCCGAGCACCUGCAGCACGACUGCCCCAAGCGCAAGGUCAAGUGUGAGUUCUGCGGCAGCGAGUUCACCGGCGAGGCCUUCGAGAAUCACCAGGGCAUUUGUCCCCAGGAGAGUGUGUACUGUGAGAACAAGUGUGGAGCGAGGAUGAUGAGGAGACUCCUGGCCCAGCACACCAUGGCCGAGUGUCCCAAACGCACACAGCCAUGCAAGUACUGUGGCAAAGAGUUUGUCUAUGACACCAUUCAGAAUCAUCAGUACCACUGCCCACGUUUCCCAGUUCAAUGCCCGAACCAGUGCGGUGCCCCCAACAUCGCCCGUGAAGAUCUCGCAACCCAUGUGAAGGAAAGCUGCGGCAGUGCGUUAGUGCUCUGUCCCUUUAAAGAAGCUGGAUGCAAGCAUCGAUGCCCAAAGCUGGUGAUUGGCCGACACCUGGAGGAAACCACCAAGUCCCACCUGACCAUGAUGUGCAACCUGGUAGGCCGCCAACGGCAGGAGAUCGCCGAGCUGCGGCGGGAUCUAGAGGAGCUGUCAGUCAGCCAUGAUGGUGUACUCAUCUGGAAGCUGAGCGACUACUCACGCAAGUUACAGGAAGCCAAAAUGCACAGCAACCAUGAGUUCUUCAGUCCACCUUUCUACACACACCGCUAUGGCUACAAGCUGCAGGCAUCCGCUUUCCUCAAUGGCAAUGGUAGCGGCGAAGGUUCGCAUCUCUCCGUAUACAUCCGUGUGCUGCCUGGUGAAUAUGACAACCUUCUUGAGUGGCCCUUUUCCUACAAGGUUACCUUCUCCAUUCUGGACCAGAGUGAUCCAUCACUCUCCAAACCACAGCACAUCACUGAGACAUUCAACCCAGACCCAAACUGGAAGAACUUCCAAAAACCCAGCAGCAGCCGCAGCUCACUGGACGAAAGCGCACUAGGCUUUGGCUACCCCAAGUUUGUCUCACAUGAGGAGAUCCGCAAGAGGAACUACAUCCGUGACAAUGCUAUCUUCCUCAAGGCCUCCAUUGAGAUCCCACAAAAGAUCAUGGCUUGAGAGCUUGAAAGCUUGAAAUCUUGGACCAACACAUUAUUGACUUCAUGUGUAGAUCCAUUGUUCCUCCACCUGAAGUAUGCUGAAGGAAGAACCUUCAGGAACUCCAGGAAAAAAAGAUUUAGAGUUCAUCUGUCUGAUCUGCUGGCUAGCCCAUGGUGAAGCAUAGGAAAGUUAAUGUUUUGCUCCACAAAACCAGCAUGUUACGUUUGUUUUUAUAGGUUUGGUUUUCCAGUGCUUUUUCCUUGCAACACAAGCCUCUGAACUUUCAACAGUGCCUAGAAAUUUUCAGUUAAAGUUUCAUUUAAAAAAAAAAGUGAUUUAAGACACCUUAUAGUGGGGUGUAAAAGGUUAUAUGUAGCCUUUGCACUUUGAGAAUGUUUGAAUGCUAUGUGGGGAACAAGGCACCACUGUUCUAAAUACACAGCAGGUGACAAAACUUGUGGGGUCUGGGCUAGGAAUUCAGUGUACACACUCGAGCUUGCCUUUUGUUUACACACUCUCUCCCAGUGAUGGUCCUUCAACAGAAACUCAGCAGCAGGGUCAGUGGCACACACUUUUCUCAUUUGCUUAGUUUGAAGUUAACUAACAGCAGCUGUGAAGUGAACAUGCCUCACUUAGUCACCUCCUGUCAUUUGAGGUCUUUCCAGACUCAGCUUUUAGUUUAGUACAUCGUGCCAGAGUGUCAGGUUGAAUUUUACUGUUAAAAGAAUGCUCUGGAAUUGUGAUAAGCACCCUGUCUUCUUGAGUGUAAGGACAAUGCAGUGAUGGAAGAACUUGUUUACAUGCUAUAGGUCUAUAAGUGUUGGAAGAGGGGGCCGUGUACUAGAAGCUAGCAGUGAAUACUUAACAUUGCAUACCACAUACUAUGUACUGUAACCUGCACUUACGAAACCUCUUUUGAUUGAGUGGUUUUUGCAGAGGGCAGACUAUCAUGUGGAAACAAAAUUCUUUGUGUGAAUGAAAUGUGGGGAAAACCUGGUUGCGUAUGUGUUCUAAACCUGGAGAUGGGACCUCCAGACUUUCUACCCUUCUCUUUGUCUUACUCUGCUGGUCACUGGCAACUGAGAGAGACUACAAGGGACUCCAAAGUAUGUUGUUCCUCAAAUGGACAGGUGCUCCAUUUUGCCUUUGCAGCUUGCAGAUUUGAAGAAGUGCAUCUCCAAAUGUCUGAGGAAGACGAGCUUUGUGCAAUAUGGCAGCCAGUUCUCAGACUGCAGACCAGGAAGGCUCAGUCCAUAAUAUGUGAAUACUAAUGAGAGACAUACGGAUGCAUAUUUGUACGUUCGCUUUCUCAUGUUCCUACUCUUCAUGAAAAGUCCUGAUUACACCACACUGUUAUACCAGCUAAUGUUGUCAAAAUAACAUUACGAAAAUGUGGGGAAAAGUUUUUCAAGAUUCUGUAUUUUACAAUGUAUAUCAAAACAUUUUAUACAACACUUUUGGAGUGACAAAAAGGGAGCUGUUCUUGGACAUUUUUUGACCCUUUCUUAGUUUCAGUCUCUCUGAAAUUUGCUCCAUUGUUUUGGUCUGCAUUGGAUUUUUUUGUUGUGUAUUCUGUCUGUACUAAAAGUUCUUAAAAAGUAUUUAUUUUAAGCCAUUGCAUAGGCUCGAUAUGCACACUGGUGCAGAUGUUUUUAUAUGUUAAUUAAUGAUUGCUUGUCAUUUUCCCCUUGAAAUAAAAUGAUGACUGUA